AUGAUCAAUAUUAAUAAGAAGAAGAUCAAACCUACUACACGAUAUGCAACACACAAAUUAGUAAAAGCGACAAAUCAAUAUGUUGAAGAAGAAGAAGACAGACUCACAAACUUGCCCGAACCCCUGAAGGUUCAUAUUCUGUCGUUGCUUCGCCUCAAACAGGCCAUUCGAACAUCUGCGUUAUCGAAAUCAUGGAUUUCUUUAUGGACUUUGAUCCCCAAUCUCGAUAUCGACCCCUACGGUUCUGUUACUUAUAAAGAAGGUGAUUUCAAUGAGAUAGUUACAAAGAUUUUAGAUUGUCGUGAUAAAUCCGUAAAGUUAAACAAGGUAACCUUGCACCAUUAUGUAUCAUCUAGUUCCAAGAUUUGGAAAACUGUAUUUGGUUAUGCGCUUUCCAAUGGUGUCAAAGAAUUGAUAGCAUCUAUCGGUAGUUUUGAAAACGGGGGAGCUUGGCCAGAUUGCUUGCACGAUCAUACCGGUUUGGAUUCCUUAACACGCUUGAAACUAAAGAGCGAUACAAAAAUCAGUUGCCGGUUUUUGGGACAAAGCAGCAGAUCGUUCAAGAACCUGACCAAUCUAUAUCUACGUGGGGCAAUUAUUACGAAUAAUGCUGAUUCGUUCUCAGGGUUCCUUGCUUUGGAGAAGCUAACUUUGUGCCGUUAA